AUGCAAGCAUGUAUCCUGAUCACUAACUCCAUGUACACCAGCCUGAGGUGCCCUUAUCUACAAAAGCUGGUGCCUUGUCAACCUGGAAGACCAGCAAUCGAAAUCAUCAACAACCCUUAUUUAACGAUAGUGGAAAUUCCCACAACUGUUGUCAUCCCAGUUAACGAAAAUGUAAUUAUCAUCGACAGAAACGCACAGCUCUCAUCUAUGAUUGUCCAACAGCUCCAGCAAGUCUGCCCAAUGUGCCAAAUAGAGAACAACUUUUCAAUUUGUAGCGAGUUAGAAGCCAUUGGAGACGUUGUAACAUUCGUCGAAAAAUGUGCAGGACAACCAAUAAUCACGUUCAAGUUUGGAGUGGAGCAGCAACUGGUUAUGACGGAAGAGCAAAUCACAAAAUUGUUCGUAAAUGCCGUUGAAGUACAAAUGUGCCUCGUUGUCCGAAUGUCUUCCAUACGGCAACUGGUAUUCCCGAAAUUGAUGCAAUGGACGUCUUGCGCACCAGGUAGCUGA